CUACGGGAGCGAGACGAGACGCACCACCAACCGAAGCGGCGAUAACACCUCCCCCCUUGGCCCUCGGCACACGCGUCGGCACCUUGCACACUUGCACUUGGUUGGAGCUCCUCUACCUUUUCCAUCGCUCUGCUCUGCUCCGCGUCUCCGUCCGCCCCGGCAAAAGCAAAACACAGCCAUGGAGGGGUACGACCGCGAGUUCUGGCAGUUCAGCGACCAGCUGCGCCUGCAGACGACCGCCUUCUCCGGCCUCUCCCUCGGCGACUCCAUCUGGUCUCCGGCCACCGGCGCCGGCGGGCGGCGCAACAACAACACCGACCUACUCGCGGCCUCCGCGUCGGCAGCCGACGCCGGCAAGCACAACGGCGUGGGCCUCAGCCUGAAUGAUGGAGGGCCCGGACUCAUUGGCUCCGGGAAGCUCGCCUUCGGCGGCAGCAAGGCCGGCCGCUACAACAACCUCCCAUCCGAGAAGGCCGCGCCCGUCUACAACCACAGCGGCGCCACGAUCAACGGCGGCUACGCCAGGAGCGACAACGCCGGCCUGGCGGCGUUCAACAAGAUGGGGAGCUACUUCCACAACAGUAACGGCAACGGCGGCGGCGGCGGGGAGGUGAAGAGCUACUUCAACAAGUCCGCCGGACGGGCGGCGAGCAACAACAGCCACGGGCACGCCGGCGGCGGCAAGAAGGGCGGCGGCGGGAAGCACGGCAAGAACGAGGGCAACGGCGGCGCGGUGGCGGCCACGGACAAGCGGUUCAAGACGCUGCCGGCGUCGGAGGCGCUGCCGCGGGGCGAGGCCAUCGGCGGCUACAUCUUCGUCUGCAACAACGACACCAUGGACGAGAACCUCAGGAGGGAGCUGUUCGGGCUGCCGUCGAGGUACAGGGACUCGGUGCGGGCCAUCCGCCCGGGGCUGCCCCUCUUCCUCUACAACUACUCCACCCACCAGCUGCACGGCAUCUUCAAGGCCGCCAGCUUCGGCGGGACCAACAUCGACCCGACGGCGUGGGAGGACAAGAAGUGCCCCGGCGAGUCGCGCUUCCCUGCACAGGUGCGAGUGGCAACGCGGAAGAUCUACGAUCCACUGGAGGAGGACGCCUUCCGCCCCAUCCUUCACCACUACGACGGGCCCAAGUUUCGGCUCGAGCUCUCCGUCGCCGAGACCCUCGCCCUCCUCGACAUCUUCGCUGACAAGGAUGACGCCUGAGCCUUCCUUGCCGCCCCCUCGCCGCCAGUGCCAAUCCAUUAAUGCACAGACAAUAAAAUGGCUGGAGGGACAGACCAAACUAUCCACCUUUGUUUGAUAUGAUAAAGGGCUAUGUAUGAGGCACGCGUCCCAUUAUUUUUGUUUUUAUUAUAAGACUAGACCUCGUUCCGUAAGAUACAUGUAUCAAUAUUAUAUAAAAACAAACCAUCAGUUCUUGUGCUGC